UCCAAGUCGAGUUCUCAGGCAGCUGCGUACAAUGCUGGGAGCUAGCCAGCAGCAGAGACAGAUGGCAGAGUUAUUAGAUGUGCAUCAUACGAUUCCCUUCCUGCCACUCGCUUUUUAAUCAAAUUAAAACAAAAAAGAAAGAGAGGGAGAGAGAGAGGGGAGUCAAUUAACUGCAUUUGUAUUCUGCUCAAUAAUGGACCCUGUUCCACUUUUACCCUAAGGCAGUUGAGUGGAAAUUUUAGAGAAGAAAAGGGUGCCUAGAACAAAAAGGAAAGAAAAAAAAGAAGAGAAAAAAAAAAAAGGAAAGAAAGAAAAGAAAGGGGGAAAAAGUGAAGACUGCAGAAAUUUGUCAGAAUCGGCAUCAUUCGAGGAACUAGUGAAAAGCCCUGGGAAAAGUUGAAUCGCUGUCGCGUAUGCAUUAGGAUUUAGAGCUCCAUCAGGGCCGGGCCGCCUUCCAGCUCCGCUGCGCAAACUUGAGCGUCUGACAGCAGCGCGGCGGCCUCCCCCGCCCGCCAGGAAUGGUCUCUUCCUGCUUUGCAUAUUCACCACGCUUGGCCCGGCCAUAUGGGAAAAUGCAACUGAAGGAAUUGUUGUGAAAAAAGGGACAGCGAGUUUGAAAUAAAAGUUGUUAGAGUGGUACUGAGGAGAAAAAAGAAUCCGAGACCAUGUACUGCGCAUACACAAUCCCGGGCAUGGGCGGCAACUCUUUGAUGUACUACUAUAAUGGGAAAGCGGUUUAUGCUCCAUCAGCAAGCACUGCCGACUACAAUAGGGACUCGCCAGGCUACCCUUCCUCGAAACCAGCAGCCAGCACUUUCCCUAGCUCCUUCUUCAUGCAAGAUGGCCAUCACAGCAGUGACCCUUGGAGCUCCUCCAGUGGGAUGAAUCAGCCUGGCUACGGAGGGAUGCUGGGCAAUUCUUCUCAUAUUCCACAGUCUAGCAGCUACUGUAGCCUGCAUCCACACGAACGUUUGAGCUACCCAUCACACUCCUCAGCAGACAUCAAUUCCAGUCUUCCUCCAAUGUCCACUUUCCAUCGUAGUGGUACCAACCAUUACAGCACCUCUUCCUGUACGCCUCCUGCCAACGGGACAGACAGUAUAAUGGCAAAUAGAGGAAGCGGAGCAGCAGGCAGCUCCCAGACUGGAGAUGCUCUGGGGAAAGCACUUGCUUCGAUCUAUUCUCCAGAUCACACUAACAACAGCUUUUCAUCCAACCCUUCAACUCCUGUGGGCUCUCCGCCUUCUCUCUCAGCAGGCACAGCUGUUUGGUCUAGAAAUGGAGGGCAGGCCUCAUCAUCUCCUAACUAUGAAGGACCCUUGCACUCCUUGCAAAGCCGGAUUGAAGAUCGUUUAGAAAGACUGGAUGAUGCUAUUCAUGUUCUCCGAAAUCAUGCAGUGGGCCCAUCCACCGCUAUGCCUGGCAGUCACGGGGACAUGCAUGGGAUCAUUGGACCUUCUCAUAAUGGAGCAAUGGGUGGUCUGGGCUCAGGGUAUGGAACCGGUCUUCUUUCAGCCAACAGACAUUCACUCAUGGUCGGGGCCCAUCGUGAAGACGGAGUGGCCCUGAGAGGCAGCCAUUCUCUUGUGCCAAACCAGGUUCCAGUCCCACAGCUUCCUGUCCAGUCGGCCACCUCCCCUGAUUUGAACCCGCCCCAGGACCCGUACAGAGGCAUGCCCCCAGGCCUGCAGGGCCAGAGUGUCUCCUCCGGCAGCUCUGAGAUCAAAUCCGACGACGAGGGCGAUGAGAACCUGCAAGACACGAAAUCUUCCGAGGACAAGAAAUUAGAUGACGACAAGAAGGAUAUCAAAUCAAUUACUAGGUCAAGAUCUAGCAAUAACGAUGACGAGGACCUGACACCAGAGCAGAAGGCAGAGCGUGAGAAGGAGCGGAGGAUGGCCAACAACGCCCGCGAGCGCCUGCGCGUCCGCGACAUCAACGAGGCUUUCAAGGAGCUGGGCCGCAUGGUGCAGCUCCACCUCAAGAGUGACAAGCCGCAGACCAAGCUCCUGAUCCUCCACCAGGCCGUGGCCGUCAUCCUCAGCCUGGAGCAGCAGGUCCGAGAGAGGAAUCUGAAUCCGAAAGCUGCGUGUCUGAAAAGAAGGGAGGAAGAAAAGGUAUCCUCGGAGCCGCCCCCGCUGUCCUUGGCGGGCCCUCACCCUGGAAUGGGAGACGCUUCGAAUCACAUGGGACAGAUGUGAAAGGGUCCAAGCUGCCACAUUGCUUCAUUAACACAAGAGACCACUUCCUUAACAGCUGUAUUAUCUUAAACCCACAUAAACACUUCUCCCUAACCCCUUUUUUGUAAUAUAAGACAAGUCUGAGUAGUUAUGAAUCGCAGACGCAAGAGGUUUCAGCAUUCCCAAUUAUCAAAAAACCGAAAAACAAACAAAAAAAAAAAGAAAGAAAAAAGUGCAACUUGAGGGAUGACUCUCUCUAACAUAUCAUUCAGAAUGUGCAAAGCGGUGUGAGCAGGCUGAGAUCAGCCCAGAGACUGAAUGGCAAUCCUUCCACACUGUGGAACAAUGCAUUUGUGCCUAAACUUCUUUUGGAAAAAAAAUAUAAUUAAUUUGUAAGUCUGAAAAAAAUAUUUAAUUUAAAAAUUGUAAACUUGCAAUAAUGAAAAAGUGUACUUCUGAAGAAAACUACAUGAACGUUUUUGUUGGUAUUCAAGUCAGCUAGUGUUUCUAAUUCCUGGAUAGCGAAUGGGGGAAGCUCGGCUGCCCUAGUAACAAAACCAGCAAACGUCCUGAGACAGCGAAGUGAUGACAUUAGCCAUUCCUUAGGGUAGGAGGAACAGAUGGAUCUUAUAGACCUAUGACAAAUAUAUAUAUAAAUAUAUAUAUAAAUAUAUAUUAAAAAUUUAGUGACUAUGGUAAGCUUUUGUUCAUUUGUUUCAGACUUUUUUCUCCUGUAAAAAAAUAGUACUGAUUAACUUUUUUAAAAGAAAGAUUUUACUGUAAAUACGGAUUUUUUUUUU